UUGUGAUGUGAACAGUCGUCGAAUAAAAUUGAUAAAGUUUGUUUUGUCUGAGAAGUAUGAAUAUCAUUUAACAAAAUUUCUAGUCGUCAUGAGAUAAUAUAUUAUUAAAAUUUAAAAAAAUAUCAUAGUUAUAGAUGAAAACAAAAUAUACGAUGGAAUCGGGUCGUGUUUAAUAUUAAAAAUGAGAAGUGUUCUUGGAUAACCGAUUGUCACACGCGAUUCUAUCUCCAAGUAGAAAAAUUGUAUUUUCUUGAAAGAAUCGUUAUAUGUACGCAGCGGGAAUGACAAUAAUGGCAGUGUCUGUUGGCGAAAUUUGCGAGAACACGAAGCUAGCUCGGGAAAUGGCAUUGAUGGGAAACUAUGAAUCGGCUUUGGUGUAUUACGAAGGGACAGUGCAGAUGAUCCACAGACUCUUGAUUACGAUUGCGGACCCCACACGAAAGUCCAAGUGGCAAUUGGUUCAAAAGCAGAUGGCGCGGGAAUACGAGCAGCUGAAAGCGACAGUGGCAACCCUACAGAUGUUCCAGCAUGAAGGCGAGAAAGCCAUCACACCAUUGACCACUGCGUUUGAAGAUCUGCCAACCCGUGAUCAAAUGUGGGGCCCGGCGCCGCAUGAGAUAGAUCCGGACAUCUGGCCUCCGCCGCCCGACCGCGACCCCACAGCCUGGCCGUCCCCUACCAGCGUCGAGCACAAAGGACCUCCGGCAAUGAAAUCCGCAAGAAACAAUCCUCGUAACAACAGAAUCGCAGACAACAAGAAGACGACCGGCCCUCGGAACGCGACCACAUCACAACGAAAGACUUCAGACGUCAGGAAUCCUAGAAUAAACACGAGCAAAGGGCAUAGCGCUAAAGCCAAGGACACGAGUAACAAAGAGAAUAGCAACGCAAAGGAUAAGCAAGACAGAGACAACAAUAACGGCGACACGGACGACGAGAAACACAAGGAGGAGGAACGGAGGUUCGAACCACCUUCAGCUGUUGAUGGCGACCUGGUGGAUAUGUUAGAACGAGACAUAGUCCAGAAGAAUCCGAAUAUACGAUGGGACGAUAUCGCCGACCUCACGGAAGCGAAGAGGUUGUUAGAGGAAGCUGUAGUCUUGCCUAUGUGGAUGCCGGACUUUUUUAAGGGUAUUCGUCGACCGUGGAAAGGAGUGCUCAUGGUGGGUCCACCGGGCACGGGGAAGACCAUGCUGGCCAAGGCCGUCGCCACGGAGUGCGGGACCACCUUCUUCAACGUGUCCUCGUCCACGCUCACGUCCAAGUACCGUGGCGAGUCGGAGAAGCUGGUCAGGUUGCUGUUCGAAAUGGCGCGGUUCUACGCGCCGAGCACGAUCUUCAUCGACGAGAUCGACUCGCUGUGCUCGCGGCGCGGCUCCGACAGCGAGCACGAGGCCUCGCGACGCGUCAAGUCCGAGCUGCUCGUGCAGAUGGACGGGCUGGGCUCCGCCUCCGACGAGCCCGCCAAGGUGGUAAUGGUGUUAGCCGCAACUAACUUUCCAUGGGACAUCGAUGAGGCGCUGAGACGGCGGCUCGAGAAAAGAAUUUACAUACCGCUCCCCACGCAAGAGGGGCGGGAGGCGUUACUCCACAUAAACCUCCGCGAGGUCAAGGUAGACCCAGAAGUAGAUCUGCGAACUAUCGCCAAGAAACUCGACGGGUAUUCUGGAGCAGACAUCACUAAUGUUUGCAGAGAUGCAUCAAUGAUGUCUAUGCGACGAAAAAUUGCGGGUCUCAAGCCCGAACAAAUAAAACAACUUGCCAAGGAAGAGCUAGACUUGCCCGUUACUCAUCAGGACUUCAUGGAGGCGCUCGCUAAGUGCAAUAAAUCCGUCUCCAAAGGGGACAUACAGAAAUAUCUGACGUGGAUGGAUGAAUUCGGUUCCUCUUGAUUCACGUAGAACAUUCGAAAGACAAUAAGUGACUAUCAAAACAUAACAAUAACUCAAGUGUCUGAAAGAAAUAGUUGCAGAAUAAAUAGAAAAUUUUUGGAUAAACAAAGAUAUUCCAGCAUCGAACUAUUGAAACUAUAAUAACUUUUCAGUAUUAGAAGCGUUUAAAUUACGCAUACUUAUUUGUAAACUUUGAAAAACAUCCUAUAAUUACAUUCCCAUUCAAUAAAAUGAUGUAAAUAAAUUCUCAGCUUUGCUUUUUGAAUAAACUAAAAUGUAUUAAAAUGUAUUUUGUGUGAUGUAUAAAUGUGUAUAGAUUGAGCACAAAAUUGUAAAAUACGCGGUAGAAAUAUGCAGCUUAUGCAUGUUUAACAAGGCGAGCUACAUUCAAAAGAUCUGUCAUCACAUUCUGUCAGUAUAAUUAUGUGAAUAUACCGUGAUCUUUGUACUUAAAUUAGGAUAUUACGAGAUUUAUAGUUGUUUAGAAUAAUUUUAUGCCAUAACUAAUUUAUACCUACUUUUAUAGAUUUUUAUAAUUAUCCAAUUAUUAUUGUUAAUUAAAAAUACAUAUUAUAUAUUUGGCAUAUAAAAUCAUUCGCUCAAUUUGAAAUUAACGAUUUUUGUAGUUGGUUAUAAUUUCGAAUAAGUUUUCUUCAAUAGAAUAUCAUUUGAAACCAUUAAUUUCUGUUGCGAUAAAUAUUCGAAAAUAAUUUAACUGUCAGUAUUGAACAGAGUUAUUAAAAAACCUAAAAGUAGACAAAUAAUAAGUGUUUUUAGAAAAUAACACAAUCAUGCAUUAACUUAAUAAAUGUUAACACAAUAUAAAAAUCUUAAUGCAUAACUUGUUAAUGUUAAUCCUAAUGCUAAAUUCGUGAUAAUAAAUAAAAUUAACGCCUUAAAUUAAAAAAAAAGUCUACACGGCAUAUUAUUGAAAUUCGAAAGAAAAUAUUUUUGCAUCAGUGUUAACGGUCAUUUCUUUGUACAACAAAAUAAAAACAAUUUUAAA